CACGGACGCCGUCGGACGCGAGUCCGAACUCCAUUGGAGAAGCGGGCGUUAGUCAACAGUACUAGUGGGUGCCAAUAGGUUUCAGAGUGGGGUUGACCCCCUUGACUUCCGACUCCCACUGCAUACGUAUCACGCACGGAAUGGCGACGGAACGAGAUCCGCUGAUCGUGAAUCCAAGCAAUUUAACCCAACAUCACCCCCUUCAAGCUGGCCCUCGAGACAUUCCAAAGUCGACGCGCUAUGGAAUUUUGGUUGGUUUGUGGUCUGCCACUUUCCUUUCAUCUGUAAACACAACCCUAGUCGCCACCUUGCUGCCAUCCAUCUCCUCUGACUUUAACAAGUCACAUGAAGCUAGUUGGCUUGGCACAUCAUACUUGCUUGCUGUCUGCACUUUCACACCUUUAUAUGGACGGUUAUGCACCAUUAUGGGCCGACGGGGUGCAAAUCAGUUGGCUGUCUGUAUUACCGCACUGGGUACCCUGUUGUGUGGCCUCUCCACGAACAUGGAAAUGUUGGUUGCUGCGCGAUUUCUAGCUGGCAUGGGAGGUGGUGGUAUUCUUACGACCUGCACGAUCACUACGAGCGAUAUGUAUUCCAUGCGGUCGAGAGGGCUUGCGCAAGGGGUGCAAAGUGUGUUUAAUGGCCUUGGCAUGGGUCUGGGAGGACCCAUAGGAGGUCUCAUAAGCGACCGAUUUGGCUGGAGAUGGGCGUUCUUGAUCCAAAUGCCCUUAUUUGUGUUGUCGCUCAUUUUUACGACCUACAACUUGCGAUACGUCACCCCCGGUAAAGGCAAAGAUAUUAAGGAUGUUCUGAAGAGAAUUGAUUAUGGCGGAAGCUGUGUCCUUUUACUCUCCGUUGGAUCAUGCUUGGUGUUCAUGAGUAUGAAAUACAACGAGGAUCUCCCGUGGUCGAACCAAUGGGUAUACGUGCCGCUGGCUCUCGCUUGCAUUUCUUCCGUAAUUUUUGUCUUGGUAGAGUUGUUAGUCGCCCCAGAGCCUAUUAUGGCGCCAUUCCUCUUGAAACAGAAGGUCCCUGUUCUUGUUGGGGCCAACAACUUCCUUGUGUCGUUAUGCAACUUCUCCGUGAUGUAUUUCUUUCCGAUGUGGUUUCAGACAGUGGCUCUCACAAGCGCAACCACCGCAGGCUUGCAUCUGAUGCCGAAUAGUGUAUGUAUGUCCGCCGGGUCCUUGUUCGCCGGCUGGAUGAUGCACCGCACCGGGAAGUAUAAACUUAUCAAUCUUAUAUUUGGUUUCUUCCCAUUCAUUGGGAUCACUCUCAUCACUUUGAUGCGGGAGGACUCCGGAUCACUGCAAAUGUGGCUGAGCAUUAUCCCACUCGGGUUUGGCAACGCCGUCGUUUUACAGACAAAUCUCGUUGCGUUGCUCGCACACCUCUCAGAGGAUUCGAUGGCUGUUGGCACUGGUUUUGGAUCGCUUUUCAGAGGCAUGGGCCAAGUAGGGGGCGUUGCGAUUUCAUCAGCGCUAUUCCAGUACAAACUUGACUACGAGCUUCGAUCAAGAAUACACGGUGAAGGCGCAGCAGAGAUUGUGAAUCAGAUCAGGCAUUCAACCACCUUCGUGGGCAAGUUGCCGCCAGACUUGCAACGCGCAGCAAGAGAUUCAUACGCGAUCAGUCUCCGCGCUGUGUUCACGCUUGCUGCAUGUUCUACGCUCCUGGCGUAUCUCAUCCGACUACCUAUUCCCGAGAAGAAUUUAGACAGUCAGCCGAAUGAGACUGAUACCCGACCCAAGUCCAUCGACUUCGGGGCUGAUUCAAGAGCUUUGGAUCCUGCUAAUGGUCGCCAUGCUGUUGACACUGACGAGGGGGCUGAGGACACUCGACCGUUGCUUUCCAAUCGCGAGCGAAGGUUUACUACACUGGAGCCGACAGAAGGUACACAAAAUUUAGAAAGCGCCUCAAUUGGAGGUUCAGCUAGAAAGCGAUAAUUACGCAUUAAUAUCGUUAUUCAGUAUCCAAAGCAUAGGAGAGGGAAGAAUGUUUUCGCGUUUAUGUUGUCCUGCAUUUCUGUACAUACUUAGCAGAUACCCGUGGCUUCGCCAUUCAGUACUCAGUAUUCAGUUUUUACUCCGUGGAUUCCCUUACAAGUACAAUUGACUGUUGAUGUUGCACCAUA